AAGCUGUCAGUGACUGUUGCUAACACAUGCUCGGGGUCAGCUCGGCUCUCUCUUCAGUUCCUGCCAAGGGAGGAGGAGGAGGAGGAGAAGAAGUGAGGUUGGAGCGAACAGCUCGACACAAGCUGAAAUACACAGAUAGAGAGAGAGAGAGAGAGAGAGAGAGAGAGAGAGAGAGAGAGAGAGAGAGAGAGAGACUUGGACCAACCUCUGACUGCUUACCUCUCGCCUCCAUCUGGCUGAGUGUGUGGGAGACUGGAGGCAGGCUACAAGUGAUGCCUCGCACACACUGGAGCAGCACAUAGUCAUUUUCCUCCCUGGGACUUUCUUUAGCUUUCUCUGUGUUUUUGUUUUUUUGUUUUCUCCUUGUUUUCUACCCACUUUUUCGUCUGGUUCUCCUGUCUGCCACGAUGAGGAGAGACCGUCUCCUCCUAGCUGCAACACUCACAGCCAUCUUCUCCGCUGACCUCUACUUCAUCCUCCUUCCAAAGCUAAGGAACAUCGGACAGAGAUCAAGCGGAAGCUGCUCCUGUACUUUCGACAACCUCACCCUCCCCAUGCAGGGCGGUCUGGCCACCCCCUGGCUCUCCAAUGGGACCUCUGAGCCGCCCCUGGAUGGGGCUGUGCCCGACCCCACGGAUGGAGGCUCAAAGCUGGGGAGGCUGUUCGCGCACCCCCUGUAUAACAUCCAGACUCCAGUGCUGGGGCCGGAGGAGAGGCUGCUACAGGUGGAACAGCUGAUGGAGUACUACAGGAGGAAGGUGUCACGCUGGGAAAGGCACAUGAAAUUUUACAGCGAGGCGGCGGCGGCCUCCAACAUCACUGUGACCGAACACGAGGUGACCUUUGACCCCGAGGCCAGCUGGUUGAAGUUCCACCUGGGAAUAAACCGCUACGCUUUGUACGCCCGCGAUGACCCCGCCAUCCCACAGCUCCUCCAGGACAUGCAGGCAAUGACUGUCAUCAGUGCAGAUUAUACUCAAGAUGAGAAGGCCCUGAAGGGAGCGUGCGACUGUACCCAAGUGGUGAAGCCCAGUGGACACCACCUCAAACUGGCUCUGAAGAUGCAGAACUUUGGCAAAGCCAUGUUCAAACCCAUGAGGCAGCAGAGGGACCAGGAGACUCCAGAGGACUUCUUCUACUUUGUCGACUUUCAGAGACACAAUGCAGAGAUCGCCGCCUUUCAUCUAGACAGGAUCCUAGACUUCCGGAGGGUACCACCGGUGGUGGGCAGGCUGUUGAAUGUCACAGGAGAAGUCCUCCAAGCCACACAUAAUGAGGACCUGCGGAGUGUCUUCUUCACCUCACCUGCGAACAACACAUGUUUCUUUGCCAAGUGCCUGUAUGUGUGUAAGACAGAGUACGCGGUGUGCGGGAGCCCUGAUCUGCUGGAGGGCUCCCUGUCUGCCUACCUGCCCGGCCUCAGCAUCGCUCCCCGCAUCUCCAUCCCCAACCCCUGGAUUCGAUCCUACACCUUCACUGGACGGGAAGAGUGGGAAGUGAAUCCGUUCUACUGUGACACCAUAAAGCAGCUGUAUCCGUACAACUCAGGCAACAGACUCCUCAACAUCAUAGACAUGUCCAUCUUCGACUUCCUUAUGGGCAACAUGGACAGACACCACUAUGAGAUUUUCACCAAAUUCGGGGACGAUGGAUUCCUUCUACACUUCGACAACGCCAGAGGGUUUGGGAAGCACUCCCAUGAUGAGAUGUCCAUUUUGACUCCCCUGUCCCAGUGCUGCAUAAUAAAGCGCUCCACGUUACUGCGGCUCCAGCUCCUGGCCCGGCCUCAGUACCGGCUCAGUGAUGUGAUGAGGGAGUCUCUGGAGGGAGACCCCUUACAGCCCGUCCUGACAGAGCCCCACCUGCUGGCUCUGGACCGCAGGCUGCAGAAGGUCCUCAAGGUGGUGCAGCGCUGCAUCCGCAGGAUAGGCGAGGCCAAGGUGGUCACCAAGGACUUCAUGAAAUCCACAGCCAAGCCUCACACAGCCCAACAGGCCGCCACAGAGAGGAACAAGGCCAGGUAACAGAAGAGGAAGGACGACGCUAUGUCAACUGAUGCCGCUGUAGACUUCAGGUUGAAGCGCGGUUGGACAAACAACACUUAGAUGGUUUGGAUUUAAGGAAUAAGCCAUAAAUGGAAGACAUGAAGGCUAUGGAAUCAUGAUGGACAGAGGCAGAGGUCUGUCUGCUCUGUGUGUGGAAAGGACAGGAACUCAUCUGAGAAAGGAGGAAUAAGUGCUGAAUCUCACAGGGAGGUUCAGUGAGGAAAAUCACUGGGAUUUCCUAAACUCUGUCCAUUGGAUGUCAGUCACAAAGGGACUAGUGUGUCGCUGCAGCACAAUCAGGCUUACUUUUCAUAUUCUUGUGUUUGACUGUCAUAAAUUCCCCCUGUGGUGCAUGCUAAUUACUGGACAGAGCUCCCACUUUGAAUGUCUGCAUACAUCAUGACCACAUGCAUCAAGGUGACUAAAGGUCUCCGCAAAUGAAAUUGAACACUUUUUAAGACCUUUUAAUAGAGAUUUGAGUUCAAGUUCAAGUUCAAAUUGAGCUCUAAGAACGAAAACAAAGCAGUGGCAGAAUCAAAGAGCACAAUCUCUCACUUGAAAGGUGUUGGACCGAGAAACAGCAACAUUUCAAACUCAAAGGCGUUUAACCACAUUUGAGACCCUUCUGGGCUUUGAAAUUAGAUCACUUAAAACAAAUUAAGACUUUUAAAGCACCAACAGACACCUUGACCCAGCCCACAGUCGCUCUCUGCCUUACACACAUGCCAAAGUCAGAAAUUGAGUUGACAUUUGCAGCUUUUAAGGAGAGACACACUGAGCACAAAGCACUGGAUAAGUUGUUCGGGUCCCAUUAAAUUAAUGAUGGUAACAAUUGUGACCGUGGCAUCAACAAAUCUGUGUCCACAUGAUGUUUUAAGUCUAAAUAAAGUUAUUUUGUGUGAUGGCAAGGUGCAGUUGUGAAGUAACAGUGAAGACACCACUUAUGAGUCAGACAGCAAAAUGCAAGCUGGUGUGUGUGUGUGUGUGUGUGUGUGUGUGUGUGAUGUCUCCCUGAGAGAAAAGUGCUAUCCUUUAAACAGUAAUUUAGUUUGCUCCAAUCCAAUUUUUACCUCUAAUCCUCGUCUGUGUCAUCAAAGCUGUUAAAUGGUUUUACAACAUC